AUGGUACGUCGCUCCUCCACUCGUGUGGGAGGUGUGGGCGUGGUACAUCGCUCCUCCACUCGUGUGGGAGGGGUGGGCGUGGUACGUCGCUCCUCCACUCGUGUGGGAGGUGUGGGUGUGGUACGUCGCUCCUCCACUCGUGUGGGAGCUGCUGCUGCUGUUCCUGCUGUUGUUGCUUUAUUUGAUGUAGUUGCUUCUGUUUCCGUGCCUGCUGCUCUUGUUGCUGUACUUGCUGUUGAGUGUGUCGUUGCAAUUCAAGGAGGAAAACAGCAACUCUCACCAAUUUUUCCGGUGGUUCCGGUGAUGGGCCUUGACGGAGGAUUGGCUGCCCUGCCCUGUGACGUCACGCAUUCCCCUAGUGACGAAAUCUUCCUCCUCCUGUGGUUUCGUGAACCCCUCACCACACCCAUCUACAGACUAGACGAGCGGUUACAAGGUCUUGAGGAGAAGCACUGGUCAGACGAGCAGCAACUGGGGUCGAGGGCGAGUUUGGAGGUUGGACCGUCGAGGGCGACCCUCUUGGUGAGGUCGGUGACGCGGGCUGACCAGGGCCUUUACACCUGCAGGGUCGACUACAAGACCAGACCCACCAAGACCACCAGAGUCAGCCUCACUGUGGUCGUGCCCCCGGAUAGUGUGAGUGUGGUCGAGGGUGGUCAGGAGACCCCCAGAGGCACCUCCCGGACCAUGGUGGGGCCCUUCCUGGAGGGAGACACGCCCUCCCUAACUUGCAUCGCCCGUGGAGGAAGCCCCCGGCCGAAGGUGGCAUGGUACAAGGACUCUCAGCUCUACGACGGCUACAUGGAAUCCUCCGCUUCGGUAAACACUACGGAAUAUGACACUAAUUCAGAAGUCAAUGAAGGGAUUCCCAACGAAGCCACUACGCUAGAGUCGGGCCUGGGAACCUCCACAACGCUCGACCCGGGGUCCGCUUCCGCCAUUACGCUCGAUCUGGGGCGCGCUUCCGCCACUACGCUCGUUCCGGGGUUCACUUCCGCCAUUACGCUUGACCCGGGGCCCAACGCGAGGGGGGAGGAGCUAAUCACCGCUUACGGAGGAGAGCCUUAUAACACGCUCACUCUGGGGCCUCUGACCCGUGAAGACCUCCAGAUGGUGCUGACUUGUCAGGCAGCCAAUAACAACAUCACCCAACCUCCCUCGCUCGAUGUUGAGGUCGACUUGAACCUGCCUCCCCUGACAGUGGAUAUCGAACCCCCGGAGAAGGCUCCCUUGAUGGCCGGACAGCAGUACCAGAUCUGCUGUCAGGUAGUGGGCGCCCGUCCACCUCCCGUCAUUACCUGGUGGACAGAUCACCUGCAGCUGCUACAGGCCGAGGUCACGACCUCAGCAGACGGCAAUGUGACCACCAGCACCCUAGCUUUCACCCCAAGACCUGAGGACCAUGGUUCGACUCUCCGCUGUGUCGCCGAGACCUUCGCUGCUCCGUCCGUUAUGGAAGACACCUAUAACCUGACAGUGGAAUACGUGCCAGUAGUAAGCUGCGACUUGGGGCGGUCUAUACGCCACAGCAGUAUCGAGGAGGGAGACGAUGUGUACUUCGAGUGCUCCUUCGUCGCCAACCCCAGCGUGGUGCAGGUCUCCUGGCGGCACAAUAAUCGGACGCUGGAACACAACGUCCGGGGCGGUGUCAUCGUCGUCGGGAAAAAUUUGGUGCUGCAGGAGUUGCAGCGGGCACAGGCGGGCCGGUACACCUGCCACGCCCGCAACGCCGUGGGCGAGGGCGUCUCCAACGCCAUAAUUCUGGAUAUCAAGUAUGCCCCGGUAUGCUCGCCCGGCCAGAUCACCACCUACGCCGUCGGCCGCUUCGAGGACGCUGAAGUCACCUGCGCCGUGGACGCCAACCCCAUCCAGACGUCCUUCCGCUGGAUCUUUAACAAUACGGCCGACACCAUAGACGUGCCCCCAGGACGCUACACCUCCACCAAGAGUCACAGUGUCAUCACCUACAUGCCCAUGACGUCUCUGGACUAUGGGACGCUUCUGUGUUGGGCGACCAACGCCAUCGGCGUCCAGAGGAAGCCCUGCGUCUUUUAUAUCGUCCCUGCAGGUAAACCGGAGGCUCCAAGCAACUGCACCGUGGGGCGAGGAACGUCCACAUCCGUCAGGGUAGUUUGCUUAGCUGGUGGCAGCGGAGGCCUUCCCCAACAUUUCCUCCUACAGGCACGCCUCCACCAGGAACAUCAAACCCUAAAUUUCACCGCCAACGCCCUCCCGAUCUUUCAGGUAGAGGGGCUGAAGGUGGGUAAGACGUACCACCUUACCAUAAUGGCCGUCAACUCCAAGGGCUCCAGCGAGUCUGUCCUUCUCACCGUUACCAGCGGUCAAACCAACGGCUCCGUCUAUCAGCUGUAUGACGGUCCCUCUGAGGCCGAAGUCCGUGACGGAGGUAAAAUUGGCGCUACAGAGACCAAGGAUCCCGAAGAAGGUGACAACGACGAUGACGAUGAAAAGGCUGUCGACGAUAAGGCCCUCGGAAGCCUAGCACUGCCGUCCCUCCUGCUGGUGGCGCUCGGUGUUGGCUCCGGUCUGGUGUUCCUGGUGAUCCUACUGCUGCUCUUCCUCACCUUCCGCCGGAGAAGAGCGCCCCAGCUUCUCUCCCUCGCUGAUACUCAUCACCACAAGAAGAUGGUUGAUCUCCAUCACGACAGGUCUACAAGAAGCAGUCGUACCUCCUCCAUCCUGACGCCGGAACAUGACAGCGCCUGUCUGGAGAGAGAGAUGCAGCAGGUGGACACGGAAAGCGACGCAGAUCCGGACGUUAUUCCCCAACACCAGUGUCGUGUUGGUGGGGGAGAGGUGGUGGGGAGGGGACUUGCUCCACCACCCCCAGCUACGUUACUUCCCGUGGACGGCUACAAGUAUCCCUCCUACGUUACUUCCCAGGUGCGUUGUUGCUCAAUAUGCAUUCUUCUGUUAUAUAGUUACUGCAUUGGUAGGGUUUGUUCUAUGCAUUGUAGUGCUGUACUGCUUUGAUGUAGCCACUGAAGUGCUGUUCUGCAUAAAUGUAGCCACUGUAGUGCUGUUCUGCAUUGAUGUAGCCGCUGUAGUGAUGUACUGCUUUGAUAUAGCCACUAUAGUGCUGUAUUGCUUUGAUGUAUCCACUGUAGUGAUGUACUGCUUUGAUGUAUCCACUGUAGUGAUGUACUGCUUUGAUGUAUCCACUGUAGUGAUGUUCUGCAUUGAUGUAUCCACUGCAGUGCUGUACCAUCGUGAUGUAUCCACUGUAGUGAUAAUCUUCAUUGAUUUAUCCACUGUGGUACUAUUCUGCAUUGAUUUAUAUACUGUAGUCCUAUACUGCUUUGAUAUAGCUAUUGUAAGCCUAUACUGUAUUGAUGUAUCCACUGUAGUGC